AUGAUACCUGCCAUUUAUCUUGCUGUCAGUCUUGCGGCUAUCACUCCUGUCAAUGCAAUGCCAUUUACCAUUCCUUACCUGGACAAGACAGGUCGUGUCGAGGUUCAGGGUCACCGUGGUGGCCUGGGUAUGAGAAGCGAAGAAUCACUCUGGGCAUUCGCACACGCCUUGGAAGUUGGUGUCGAUGUGCUUGAAAUGGACACUGUAUUCACUAAAGAUGGGAUCCCAGUAAUCUGGCAUGAUCAUUGGGUCUACCCUACAAAGUGCACCGGCGACUAUGUAGGCCAGUAUAUUGCGAACCUGACUUUGGAGCAAGUCAAGUCGCUCGAUUGUUCUCUCCAGCUUGCAGCUCAUCCUCAGCAAGAAAUUCAUCCCGGGACCACGAUUGCAACCCUGGAGGAGGUCCUGGAACUGGUUAAUUGUUAUGGUGACAAAGGCGUGACCAUCAACCUCGAGACCAAACUUUCACCUACUGCUCCUAACGAAACUCUUUCCGUCGACACUUAUAUCACGGAUUUGAUGCCUAUUCUCCAAAAGCAUGGCUUCGAGUCUCGUACUUCUAUUCAGUCGUUCGAUUGGCGUACUCUCGUUGGUAUUCACGCUGCGUAUCCUGCCGUGCCUAUCGUUGCUUUGCUCGACGAGACAACAGUUGUACCAGACAAGACCUAUAAGACUUAUCCCUGGCUCAAAAACAGCAAAUACCCCUGGCUUGGUGGUCUUGACCUCGACGACUUCUCCGGUGACUGGGUAGCCGCAGCACACUCUAUUGGCUCAUCCAUCCUCUCGCCAAAUCAUGGUACUGGUAACUCCAGUGACGCCACUGUGAACAGCCCACUCUAUGAGCCAUUCACCACUAAGGAUGUUGUGGAUAGAGCUCAUGCCUUGGAUAUGCAGGUCAUCCCUUGGACUGUGGACGCUGAGGUGACGAUUAGCAAAUUGCUUGACGAUGGUGUUGAUGCUAUUAUCAGCAACUACCCUGAGAGAGUUAUGUAUGUGGCGAGACAGAGAGGACUGAGUGUGGGUAAAGCCAGGAACCCCAGUAAACCUGAGUGUUUGGUCAACGCAUCUGCUUGGUAG